AUGGAGAAUAUUAUGUCAGAAUCGCUCGAUGAUACAGCUAUGGACUUCAAACUGCUUCUUGGUGAAAUGAAGGCAAUCCGUGCUGAGAUACGCUUGUUCCGUAAUUCUAUGACAGAUCUUAUGACUGCCAUUAAGAUGCAAAGCAGCCGCAUUGACUCCAUCGAAACCAGAAUAUCAGCCUUAGAAGACAAGUCAAAAGGCUUACAACGCUGUGAAGUUUCGACUUUGGAAGAGACAGUGUCACAGUUGAAGUCACAAAUAUUGGAACGUGACCAAGACUUACUCGCUAAUGAUAUCCAGAUAGCGGGAUUCCCUGAAACGAGCGGUGAAAAUACCACACAUAUUAUCUUGGCUAUUGCCAAGAAAUUAUGCGUGGAUCUGGAUGAGCGCGAUGUGGUGUCUUCAGAGCGUACAGAUAUAAGAGACACCAAUCAUAUGACGGCGGGUAAUUCAAAUUUCAACCUUUUUAGCCUUCGUCAGUCAUCUCCGCCCUCUUCCUUAUUAGGAACUCAAUCAAUUACCUUAACAUCCGAUUCUGCAACACAAACUAUAGCAAUGAGCUUCACAGCUCAAACUAGUAUUUUAAGUGUAUCACACCCAGCUGAAAUAAAUCUCCUAGAUGAUGGUUUAGUACAGAAAUUAACCAGCGGACUCAAGACUAAUCUAGCAUUGUAUACUGGUACGGAUCCCAAAAUAAGACCCAAACUGCCGCGAUUGAAAGAAAAUAAGCAGCAUAUAGUUUACUAA